AUGGCCAAUUCUCUAACUUCAACGACACUGACCCAAAGACCUAUAGCAAAAGCCUUCCUCCUCUUCCCCAAUCUCCCAACCGAACUCCGUCUCCAAAUCUAUGCCCACAUCCACACACACACCGCAUCUCCCCUCCCCUCGCACACCCACACCUCACGAAUCCUAAAGCUAUCCUUCUCGCCCUCUCUCGACCGCUAUAUCUCCAAUUGCGCGCCUCCCGUGGUUCUUUCCCUUUGCUCAGAGGCUCGAGAGUAUGCUUUGAAACGUUAUGCGUACCAGUAUCUGGCUAUUGGACCGAACUUCUUCUGCGCGCCGAGUACUUCGAUUCCUUUGAGCUUUGAGCAGACGACGUUGUAUAUAAGUGGAUUACACCCGUUGCUUACGACAUUCUCGCAAACGUUCUUAUAUCACCUCUCGACGUCGCCGUCUCGGCAUAAGAUCACUUCGUUGGCAUUAGACUCGAGAUGUUGGCGCGAGUUGAGCGAGGUAGGGUUAUUAGGAGUGCUUGCGGGAAUGAAAGGGUUGAGAGAGGUGUUGAUGGUUGUGGAAUUCGGUAGAGGGUUUGAAGGGGAGUUUGGCUUUUUGGAGAUGCCGGAGUGGAGGAGCGAUUUGAGGUGGAGUGCUGAGAGGGCUAGGGAGGCAUUGAGGGAGGAGUGGGUUAGAAGAGGCGUUGGUGGGGAGGAGGGUGGAAUGGUAGAUGUCAGAUGUGUUAUCUUGACGAAGGGUGGGGAGCAGGCUUGA